AUUCUGGGCUACGAUGUAAAAUGGAAGUGGGAGCAGCCAGCAUGUUGUGUUUUCAAUAAUACUUUGCCUUUUUCUUAUUUAUCGUGUUAUGAUUUACAUUGCACAACAAACGAUUCCGCAUAUACACUGUUUGUGAAAAUACCUAUACUGGGCAAUCACCAUGUCUAUGUUGGGAGGGUUGUUGAAAUGCGGCGUGCCCUUAUGUCAGCUCCCAGGAUCUCUACUUCGAGCAGCUAGGAGCAUAUCCACUGGGAUGGGCCAUCGAGUAAGGAUGCAUUCUAUCCCAGAGCUGAAGAAGGUGGACAGAUGGACAGAGAAGAGAUCCAUGUUUGGAGUUUAUGACAACAUAGGCAUCCUAGGGGACUUCAAAGCGCACCCCAAGGACCUGAUGGUGGGCCCGAGCUGGCUGAAGGCCUUCCAGGGCAACGAGCUGCAGCGACUAAUCAGGAAGAGAAAACUGGUGGGUGAGAGGAUGAUGACUCAGGACAGGCUCAACCUCGACAAGAGGAUCCGCUACUUGUAUCGCCACUUCAACCGCGUCGGCAAGUACCGAUAAGGAGGAGCGGGGGGAGGAACCAGAGACAGGAGGACAUACGAACGUCACACAACCUCAUUUUGUUUCUCAAUGCAGGACUAUUGGAAUCUCAGCGUUAUGUUGUGAUGACUUGUGACUUGGCAUACCGGAUUUGUGAUUAAACUUUGAUAUAUGUGAAGAACACUGUUGUUUGAUUCCAUUUCUUACACAAAUAAAAAUAUGUGACAUAAAUGAAGGAUUCUUUUUUAUU